AUGGACGAGAGCCUACUGGAAUUCGCGAUGUUGCAAGAAGUGCCACAGCUUGGGGGGCCUCGGCCCCCCCCAUUUCUACAGCCUGCAGCCAAACGAGCUCGCGCUGUCGACAAACCCACCAAGAAAGAGAUCCCUGACUUGCCCACGCCACACAUCUUCGCCAAGCAGUACGACACACAUACACUCGUACAAGCCUGGCAUGACUGCGAGUGGAGGUCCACGGCCGUUGUCAUGAAGAAUGUCACGGAAACAGGGAGGAGGAACAAGCUUAUCAGCUAUGGGGGGACCGUUAGCAUGACAUGGGCGAAAUGGAAACAUGGAGACUUGGGAGAACUGGGUGUGGUUUCGGUCCAUCUCCCACACUGGACGGACCAACGCCAGGCAGACAAGCUCAUCUCUCUCUGGGAUGAAUCUAUGACCCGGGGCAAUUUGCACCAGCUUCACCGACUCGUACUUGGAGGAGAUCUUAAUGAGACCCUGACCAUGGGCGAGGGGCCCACCUUCUACAGCCACACAGCCAGGGGGGAACUGCUUUGCACGUGGCUAGCAAAGUGGAACCUCUAUCCGCUGGAAGAUGACUGGAACGUUCCGACACAUUUCCCCUACAGUGACAUGGCGCCUCGCCGGCUGGACUACAUCUUCGGAGCAUGGCGGGGAGAAUGGCAAGGGGGGCCCGUCAGUGAAAGCCGCCACAGAGUACGCUCAGACCAUGACGCCGUGGAGGUGACCGUCACGUACAGGGCCAGAACCACGACAUCGACACCCACCACGGCGCGACAGAGGACACGCAUUCACCAGAAAGACGCGGACGACAUCCUCGACCAGCACCCCCCGCCGCAGCCGGAACAGGGCGCGCUGGUGAAAGCGGUAGCGGAAAUCGCCACGCUGAUCACGCAGCCCGUGACUAAGUUCCCGGGCUUCACCGAAAGCGACCACCUCAAGAAGUUGCGCGCAGCGGCCAAGAGGCAGAGAGGAGAUGGAGCCCGGACGCUGUGGAAGGAGGCCAAACUGCGGCAUGUCAUGAACAGAAAGGACGCAGCAGCACACGCAGACACACCCGCAGCGGCCCAAGUCGAGCAGAACGAGGGACCCCGCACAGAGAAGGAGAGGCAGGACAGAGGAGAGCCCGCCCAAGAACAGACAAGAACACAGCAGGUCGAGGACGCGCACGCGCAGCAGCAGUCGCCGGCAGAAGCAGUGGAGGCAGCGGAAGAAGCAGAGCAACAGCCCGAGCAAGAGGAGGAGGACCCCGACGACAUCAUCGACAACUUCCUGGACCACAUCGACCUGAUGCAGAGGGACCAUCGACCGCCGCAGCAGCAGCAAGGGGCAACCGAAGACCAGGAGAUGGACCAACUCCGAGAGGACGAACAAGAGGAGACCCGAAGAAGAGAGAUGCUGGAGGAGGAGAUUCGCAGAUGGGAGCUCGAAGAAGAGGAGGAGCAGAGGCUAGCAGAGAUACAGUACGACGAGUACCUGGAGGGGAGACACGAGGAGACCGCCGAGCAGGCGAGGACCCAACACGCUGCCGACCUCCUCCCAAACGGAACAAUACCAACGGACGAGGACCCUGACAGCGAGCCGGGGCGAGGGUGCCACCCGGCAGACGUCAUUGCCCACCACGCAGGGGACCCAGAAGAAAGGCCGCAGGGAGGAGACCUCUACGACUUCGUCCACCUCGCCCUGACCAGAUGGAGGCGACUUUCGGACACCGCGUCAACCGCGGUGGCCCUGGAUACAGAUGGCAUCCGAGAACUAGCAAAUACGAUCCACGCCUGGCGGGGACCCCACCUGGUGGACAACGACUCCAACACGACUGAAGCAGCCACCUCACACGAGCACCUCCUCAACCUGGUGGGCCAGAUCCUGUCGCGCAAGACCGAGCACGAGGACCAGGUGACGGUGCUAACCCAGGACACGCUCGAGACGCUGGAAACAAUCUUGGAGGCCUACCACCAGAAAAGAAAAUGGGGGACCACCUUCCGCAAGCAGAACAACGCGAGGAGCACCAGGAGGACUGGCCCUCCUCGUGACAAAGCCAACCGAGCAAGCGCCUCUACGGACCCCUACCACCACGAGCACCUCGACUACAAGACCUGGACGACGAGAACGCGAACCAUCUACCCAGAAGGGACCGCGACCGAACCACCGACGCGGACACCUGCCGUGGACAAGGGGCCCAACGUCGUCACGGUCGUCAGUGCUAUAGUGGAGAACGAGCCAGAGGAAGAAGAAGAAGGAGACCCUCGACUGCGCGACCAAGAAGCCAGCGAAGAACGAGAAAGGAGCGAAGCAGAAAGUAGUGGGUCGAGCCGACCAACGGACCGAUGGGAAGCCACACCUUCGCCAACAAGAACAGCGGGGACGAGAAGCUGGUCGAUUUGGGGACCACCACCACAGAGCCGACAGCCACUGCAGCCUGUGCAAGAACAAGAACGAGAAGAUGGAGAAGAAGACGAGGAACAAGAAGCACAUGAGAGUGCAGGACAGCAGAGCGCAGAGAGAAGGAGGCCAAACCACACCGAGAACGAGCAGCACCACGUCGAGCCUCCCCACAGCACGAAAGCGGACGCCGGGGAGGAGGAGUACGACCAGCACCACGACGAGCCCGCCGACAGCCCGACCGACGAGCCCGAGGAGGAGUACGACCAGCGCCACGACGAGCCCGCCGACAGCCCGACCGACGAGCCCGAGGAGGACCUGGAGAGCAGCCGCAGAGAAACAAGAAAGCAGAGGAGCACCCGGCACAAGCCGGAGACCACGACGACCCCCGACGACAGAGAGGAGGAGAAAGUGGCAGGGGAAAAACCAAGAAGGGGGCCACACUACAACGACCACGAGCAGCACCACGACGAGCUCACCGACAGCACGAAAGCCGACGCCGAGAAGGAGCACGACCACGAGAAGCUUGCCUACGACCAGACCGACGGGGACCAGCACGGACCGGGGACAGCGACGAACCGAGACAACAGAGAAGGGGGCAACACGGACCAGGAGGAGCGACUGGGUGCAACGAGAAGGGGACCACACUACAGCGAGCACGAGCAGCACCACGACGCACUCGCCGACAGCACGGAAGCCGACGUCGAGGAGGAGCACGACCACGAGGAGCUCGCCCACGACCAGACCGACGGGGACCAGCACGAACCGGAGACAGCGACGAACCUCGACGACACGGUCGGGGGCAACGCAGACCAGGAGGAGCCGCAGCGACGAGGGCAAAAGAGGAAGCCACCACAACGGAGACGAGGGGACCACCAGCUGAGGGAGGAGGAGAGCAAGCCACACCUGCCGGACAACCACAAGACGGAGACCACGAUGGCCAACGGGGAGAAGAACCACAAGAGGGUAGGCGACACCUACUUCAGCGGCAAGCUCACCGCCCGCAUGGCCGGGUUGCUCGGAGCGUUCCUAUCAGCAGGGCCACAGGGCUUAAGGCUGGUUUCAAUUGCCCUGGAGAUGGGGAAGUCGGAUGAGGCCGCUUCGGGCGUCCCGAUGCUGGACGACCUACAGACAACCCUGGAGGCGUGGCUGAAAAAGAGCCGGGCGCCCGAGAGAGGCGGCAGCACGCCCUUCAUCUACGAUCGCUCCUGGGGAGGCCUGGUUUCCUGCGGCUGCACCUACGACGACUGCUGGAACAGCUGUGCUCCCCGCUGCACCAACAACGCCUCAAACCCUUCGACCUGUCCGGCGCUGCACAAUGUAGGCUACAACUUUGGGAACGGCUAUUACAACGACCACCACUUCCACUAUGGAUACUGGAUAUACUGCACAGUUCUGGCAAAGUUCCGUCCCGAGUGGGAGAAGAAGUGGAGGGAACCUGUGAUGGCCCUCAUCAGGGACUAUGCGAACCCAUCCUCUGCGGAUAAGAUGUUCCCCGUCGUUCGGCACAAGGACGUUUCGUGGGGGCUGCCACUGCGCGACCUGCUGGAGUGCCAACAACAGCCAGGGCAACAGUUGCCUGUAGAAAGUUGCUGUUCCGCAAAGGAAAGACCAUUGCAAAUCACGCCUGGAUCAGAAGCGCACACCCUGAGAAUCGUCGACAAAAGCAGAGAUUCCAGCUAG